AGUCUCCCUCCCUCUCCCAGCGCACUGUUUUGGUUGGAUUGCUUAUUUACCCAUAAUGCAGCGGUCUGAUCAUGCUCAGCAAAUGGCUCCAAGGGAAGAGAGCAGAAGAAAAAAAAAAAAAAAAAAGCAAAACAAAACGCUGAAGUGAAAGAAACUUCCUUCUGUGGAGCGCUUUAAGAACAAAACUGGGGAGCCACUGAAUACAAAAGACAGCACAGCCCACAUUGUUGUUAUUCUUUACUUUUUAUUUAUUUAUUUUUAAAAACCCAGUAAAUAUUUGAAAUACUCGUUACUGGCAUCUGGCUUGGGGGGCUUCUCUCUAUGUUUGUGGAUCUUCCGGCGGCGGCAGCAGCGGUGCCAUGAACAGCGGACUCCCAGCUUCAGCAUCUCCGCUCGGGGGUAUCUGUAUUCCCGGGGUGAAGCUGAAGUACUGCCGAUAUUACGCCAAGGAUAAGACUUGUUUUUAUGGAGAUGAGUGUCAGUUUUUGCAUGAGGAGCCGUCCAUGGCAGGCCUGGCGCAUCACGCUAGCGGCAGCCCCGUUCCCCUCUCCAUGGCCGGGCCAGCUGUUGGUGCGGCCCCGGGAUAUCCUCACGCAGGAGCCGGAACAGCGGGGUCGGGAGGUGGAGGGGGUACGAAAAAGAUCGACCCCCUCGGGGCGGCUGGCGUGGGGCUGGAGGGGCAACUACUCGCCAUUCCUGGAAUGGACGGGGGCGCUUUAGCAGAAGGCAGUCUGACGAAUUCGUAUUUUAGCAGCAGCUUUAUAGGAGUAAAUGGAUUUGGAAGUCCUGCAGAGCCCAAGUAUUCCAUGAUGCAGAGAAUGACAAGUAGCAGCAGCUCUCCAAGCCUGCUGAAUGACAGUGUCAAGAGUUACGCCCCCCAUGAUCCGGUAAAUUCACCUGCUGCUUCAUUGUUCAAUGACUUUGCUGCACUGAAUUUGUCUCAAAGGAGGAAGGCACCAAAUCCAGCAGCCAGUGAAUUCAUCCCUAAGGGAGUGUCAACGCCUAGGAUGAGCAAUGUGUCCCAGUCCAAUAUGCCUGCCUUUUCCACAGCCUUGUUCUCACACCCGUCCAUGGGAAGCAUGUCUACAGCAGCUUUAGCUCCAGGCAUGUCCCUGUCUGCUGGGUCGUCUCCCCUGCAUUCGCCGAAAACUACACCUCACUCGUCCCCUGCCCCCCGGAGACGGAGUCACACGCCGAACCCAGCAGCCAACUACAUGGCGCCUACUAGUGCCUCGAACCCAAGCUCUGAUCCAGCAUCGCAGAUCAUCCAGAAGGAAACUGUGGGAGGAACUACCUACUUCUACACGGAUACAACUCCAGCUCCGUUAGCUGGAAUGGUUUUCCCACAGUACCAUGUAUACCCUCCAACAGCACCUCAUGUUGCUUACAUGCAACCGAAAGCAAAUGCACCUUCCUUUUUCAUGUCUGACGAGCUCCGACAAGAAUUAAUCAACAGGCAUUUAAUAACAAUGGCACAAAUCGACCAAUCUGAAAACCCUGGAGUUCCGACAGAGGUGGACAACUACCACAGCCUUUUUCCUCUGGAGUCCCUGCCACCCCCCAACCGCCUGCAGAAAACGAGCAACUUUAGUUACGUUACGUCAUGUUACAAAGCUGUAAAUAGCAAGGACGAUCUUCCGUACUGCCUACGGAGGAUACAUGGUUUUCGACUUGUUAAUACAAAGUGCAUGGUGUUGGUCGACAUGUGGAAGAAAAUCCAGCAUUCCAACUUUGUAACUCUGCGGGAGGUGUUCACCACUAAGGCGUUUGGAGAACACUCUCUUGUGUUUGCCUAUGACUUUCACGCUGGUGCAGAGACCAUGUUUAGCAGGCAUUUUAACGAUCCCAGUGCGGAUUCGUAUUUCACUAAAAGGAAGUGGGCAGGUCAGCAUGAUGGGCCUCUUCCUCGCCAGCAUGCGGGGCUGCUUCCCGAGUCUCUUAUCUGGGCGUACAUCGUCCAGCUCAGCUCAGCGCUUCGGAGCAUUCACACCGCUGGCCUGGCUUGCCGGGUCAUGGACCCCACCAAGAUUCUCAUCACAGGGAAAACCAGGUUACGUGUAAAUUGUGUUGGAAUAUUUGAUGUCUUAACUUUUGACAACAGCCAAACCAAUCCAUUGGCUUUGAUGGCUCAAUACCAGCAAGCAGAUCUGAUCUCCUUAGGAAAGGUUGUGUUGGCUUUAGCUUGUAACUCUUUGGCAGGAAUCCAAAGAGAGAAUUUACAGAAGGCCAUGGAGCUGGUGUCAAUAAACUAUUCUUCAGACCUAAAGAAUCUUAUUCUGUAUCUGCUGACAGAACAGAACCGAUUGCGCAGUGUGAAUGACAUCAUGCCAAUGAUUGGCGCAAGAUUUUAUACCCAGCUGGAUGCUUCACAGAUGAGAAAUGACGUUAUCGAAGAAGAUCUCGCAAAGGAGGUGCAGAAUGGGAGGCUUUUUAGGCUGCUGGCUAAAUUGGGAACAAUCAAUGAGAGGCCAGAGUUCCAAAAAGAUCCAACGUGGUCGGAGACGGGAGACCGAUACCUGCUCAAGCUCUUUAGAGACCACCUGUUCCAUCAGGUGACAGAAGCUGGAACACCCUGGAUUGACCUCAGUCACAUUGUGUCCUGUCUGAACAAGUUAGAUUCUGGCGUGCCAGAAAAAAUAAGCCUGGUCUCCCGAGAUGAGAAAAGCAUCCUAGUGGUAACAUAUGCCGAUUUGAAGAGGUGCUUCGAGAGCACCUUUCAAGAACUCCAGGCAGCCGCUAAUGGUCAGUUGUAGUGUUUGCUGGAAUUGUGCUGGAACACACCAAGGAACUAAAAAAAAAAAAAAAACUAAGAAAAACCUAGCAAAUUGCACUACAACUGAACAAGUCAUCUCCUUUCACUUUAAGAAAAACAACAACAAAAGCAAACAGGGUGGGGGAUGAGCAAUGCUGCUUGCACUUCAGUCAGGUACACUGUUUUGUGAAGGAAGAGUGACUUUAUUUUUUUAUUUUAUCCCCCCCUCCCCCCCACCCCGUACAUAACUAGAACCUGCAGGUGCAAUUAUGGACAUUCUAGCUGUGAAGACUCUUUUAGAUUGGAGGAACAAGAUCUGAUCUGAAUCUUUUUUUUUUUUCCCCCACAAUUACAGAAAAUCGUUAUCCUUCAAGGGAGGGGGAUCAAUUCUGCCAAUUUGUAUAAAUGUUUUGAACUGGAGAGGUAACUUAACAGCUACAUUAUUUCCACCCAAAAGUACAUGAAGGACCAGGCAUUUAAUUCCAAGGAUAUUCUGUUUUAGCAACUGCAUUUAAAAAAAACAAAACAAAAACAAAACCAAACACAAAUGUAGGACCCUGCUGACAUUUGGCUGGACAUAGAUCCUUAAUUUCGUACACAGCCAGGUAGGAAACCGAACCAGUAUCUUCAGUGAAAUCAUGUGGUGUGUAUGCUGUGAGUGAACUGGAGGUUGGAUCUUUUUUUUUUCCUUUGCAUCGAAGUUGUACAUGGGACAACAGGCUGACCUGUACAAUUUAUUAUUAUUAAAAAAAAAAAAAAAAAAAAAAAAAAAAAAAAAACCAAGUAGUUGAAUAUAAGCACCAAUGCCUUUUUAAAAUAUUUUGUCUGGUAUAUGUGAGUAUUCCCAUAAAUUGAGACUUUUUUUCGUUCAUGAUGUGAUGGGAGUACGUUAUUGUAUUGAAUGAUUUUUUUUUUUUUUUUUUUUAUGACAUGUUGUAAACAGCAGCUUUAUUAGGGUAUUUUACACUGGAUUCAAAGACGAAUACGCUAGCAAGGGGAUGCACAACACAAGGCAGCCACCUGGCCGGGCUAAGGUUUUUGAAUUUACAUCUCCUGGAUUUGGAAAGAUAUUAAGGUCUGUUGUGCCUUCGCAGUAACUGCUUUUACCCCAAAUGUCUCUUCAUUCACUUCAUAGCUAAUGGAUCCCACCUCCAACACAGUUUCGGCAAUCAGUUUUGCUUGACCUAUGUUGAUCAUGUGUAGAAUUGUGUGUAUUAUGUGGCUUUCCUAUGAAAUUUGGAAAUUCUGCUGAAUAAAAUGGACACAAAACAAUGCUCCCAGGAAUUUCAAGACUGCCGGAUUUUCCAAGGAUGAAACAAGAUAUGCGGGGUGUGGGAGGGGACAGACAUCUUUACAGGUUGUAACUUUUUUUCCCAGCACUGAAUGUUUUUUACGGCACUGUGUGCUUUACUAUAGAACAGAACUCAAAAGAACAGAAAUUCAGAGGAGUGCAGCACUUCGAUCGAUGGUAAAAACUUGGCGUUUUAAUCUACGCCUAUUUUCAAACAGGUUUUUAAAGUUUCUGUGCUAUUUGUUUUUUAAGCUUUAAAAUGACGUUGACAUUUGUUGUUGUUUUUUUUUUUUUUUUUUCUCGUACUUUGAAAAUGCUCUUUGCAUUUAAGAAGCUGUGGUCAGAUUUGCUUUUUGGUAGCACUGGUUAUAGAGUAUUAAAAAUUCUGGGACUUUGCUGUUUGGAAUAAGAGGCAGAGUUUUAUUUGGGACUAAAUUUAAUCACUUUUUUUUUUUUUAUUUUGGACUUUGAGGAGAGGGAGUGAGAGAGAUGUUUUUAAAAAGUAAAACAAGCAAACCAGAUUUGUCUCACUAGCUCCUUUUAUUUGGCAGAAGAGCAGCUGUCUUUUUUGUAUGUUUUUGACAAAUCACAUUGUAAUUAUUUUAUAUAAAAAGAGAACUUAAAAAAAGUGGUAUUCUCAAAAAAGCAAGAUGUGCUUAUUUUGUAUGAGGACAAGAGGUUCAUUUUCAUAUUUUCAUUUUUUUGUUAAAACAUUAACGGGAUCGUUUGGGCAUCUUGCCUUUUCAGAAAAAGAGCUUUGUGGACCAAUGUUUUCAGAAGCAUUUUUUUUUUUUUUUCCAGGAGCAAGGACGGAGGUAAAAAUAGGGAUUAAACAUCUCCAAAUUACACACCCUCAAUACUGUAAUGCUGUUGUAUACUGAUUGAGGUUCUCAUGCAUAUUUUGAUGCAUAUUGCAGAAGGGUGUUUGGUGAGCACAAUUCCUCAUUAGAGCAGUCUGGUGUAUCUUGGUAUUCUCACAUCACGUUAAACACCACUCUGGGUUUUAUUUAUUUUUUACUCUAUAUAAAUCAAAUGCUAAAGGUAAAAGGUUUUAAAUGCAACAGAAAUGACAUUUCCUUUUUCCACUCAUGAAGCAUUUCAGGUGGUGUUGAUUUGUCUCUUUCCAGUGGUGCUUUUCUUUUUUUUCCUCUCCAGGAAAUCGACAUGGGAAAUGCACAAGAUCAGUAUGUCUCAUUGUAAAACGCCCCUGGUUUUGAUCUGUAUAUUUUAUGCUUCCUUUAACCCCUCUGUUCUAAUAAGGGUGGGGGGGGGGGGGGGGGGGGGGGGGGGGUCUUAGUUUUGAGACCAGCACACUGCCCUCUGCAGAUAUUACUGGAGUCAUGUCAAGUUGUUAUCUUUUGGGCUGUGAAAAUCUGCUAAAAACGUAGAAACCUCAGGUUGUGUUUUUACAUGUGCAGCUAUUUCUUAAUGUUCCAGUAUAAAGAGUAUUUUUGUUCGGUGGUGGUUCUCCUUUUUAAACAUGUUGCAGGCCAGGUUUAGCGUGUGAGAGAGUUGGGAAUCUCCUUGUAAUUCUGAGAUCUGUAGUUGGAAGGCUAGUUUCCUGAUAUAACCAGAUCCCAUCUUUGUUAAUCAUCUCAUGAAGAUCGGUAAGCUCCUAACUUCUGAUUUUUGGGGUUGGUCACUUGUAUUGUAACAAUGGGGAGAGAGAGAAGAAAGAAACCCAUCCUUUUAAUGUCCUGCAUAGACAUAAAUAACCCUAUUGUCCAGCUGACUGUACAGGGCUCCCCUAACUCAGUGCAGGUAAAGCUAAGCCAUGCACAUUGAUAUACAUUAGUAGUAUUAUUUUAUUGAAUGUGUUGAGGAUGAAAUUUGAAAAUGGGUAGGUUUUGUCUCCUGUAAAAUAUUUUGGCUCCAUAUUCUUUUGCCACAACCGAAAGUCACUGAAUGCCCACCUUUCUUUGUAAAUAUUUGUUUAGGAAUCCCAAGUGUGUUUGUCCUUGCCUUGCCCUUGUUUCACUGACUAAAUAAGUCGAUGGCAAACCAUCUCCCCAAAACUACCAGGCUGUUCAAUUUCUGUCAUGACCACCCCCUCCCUGUGUUUUGACGUCUCCAACUUUGCAAUAUUUGUGUGUACAGCAGUAUUUUAAUAAAGAAUACCAACACUUUUA